AAAAAGACAGUAUCAAUUACAGUUCGUUAAAGAACUCUUACAUUUCGCAGAAGUAUCACAUCUCAUAGAAGGUUUCAAGAAACCAAAAUAAUGUACGACGUAAAGAAUAAAACUGUAAUGAUCACUGGAGCAGCUAACGGAAUAGGUUACAAAUACGCCGAAAUACUGUUACGUAAUGGUGCAAGAUGUGUUGCCGUUGUCGAUCUGCCAAUAUCGAAUGGCCAGAAUGCGGUGGUUACUUUGGAGAACGAAUUUGGAAAGGGUCGUGCCAUUUUCGUUGCCUGCGACGUGAUAAAGGCUGACGAUUUAUUGAAGACGUUCAAAAAGAUCAUCGACACAUUCGAAGGGCUUGAUAUUCUUAUUAACAACGCUGGUAUAUUGAACGAUAAAUUUUUGGAGGAAACGAUCGAUCUCAAUGUCAAGGCACUAAUUCGCGGCUCUAUGUUGGCCUUUGAUUACAUGGGGAAGCAUAAAGGCGGCAAGGGCGGUGUAAUCGUGAACAUUGCAUCCAUAUUUGGAUUGCACCCAGCUGAUUCCUUGCCAAUAUAUAGCGCUUCGAAAUUUGCUGUCUUGGGAUUUAGCCAAUCUCUGGCAAGCAUGUACGACAAGACUGGAGUGCGAGUGGUUAUCAUGUGUCCAGGCGUUACAACAACAGCGUUAAUCACGAACCUCGACAAUAAAAUCUGUGACUCUGUCAGCGCUGUGGGCAACGAUAUCGACUUGAAGAAAUAUUCGACACAGACAACCGACAAUGUGGCACUUGCGAUGUUAGAUCUUAUUCAGAAGGGUAAAAAUCAAGCGGCUUGGGUCAGCGAAAAUGGUCAACCGCCAUACGCCGUGGACUUUCCCCAUUAUUCCAAACGAUCUUUGCCAGUAUAAGUUGGUACUUGAUAUGUUAUGAACUUUUUUUCUGGAUACUGCAAUUCUUCUACUGAAUUACUGAAUCAAAAAAAAGAAAAAAUAACCUAAUCAAAUAACAAUCAAUUAUAUGUUUGACAUUAUGUCAAUUUCAAAAUAAAUAAUCUCAUUAAAACUGAUCAUUUCUAC